CACGCCGGCAGGCAGGCAGGCAGGGGCGGGGCUUCCCCGGAGAGGCCUUAGUCCCGCCCCUCCCCCGGCCCCCGGCCUAUGGCUGCAGCGCACGGGGCCGCGCGCGCGCCUCCGCCUCCCCCGCCCUCCCUGCCCGCGCGCUCCCGCCGGCCCUUCCCCAGGCGCUGCCGGCGACGGGCGGUUGGAAGGAGCAGCCCAGGCGCCCCCGAUGGCGGGCCCGGUGCUGGGCGCCUUGCUACUGGUCCUGCUGGUGCUACUGGGCGGCUUCUGCCUGGGGAGGUAAGGGAGAUUGCAGCACUCUUUUUUUUUCCAGGGGGGCAUCGGUUUAGGGGGCGCCUUCCCCGUCCCCAUUAAGGCCUGAGACCCUCCUCUGCCACCCCGUUUGCCAUGACCAGGUGGCACUGCCAGCCUCCCUUCCCUGCUCCCCCCAGCCCCGAAAACUGGGCACCCCCUGCUGUUCACCUCUCUGCAGUUGGGCUGGCACUGCCACCCUGGCCUAGUCCUCCACCCCCCCAGCCACUCUGCCCACUCUGGAUGCCAGGGGGCACUGCCAGUUUCAUUAGCCCUCUCCCUCUCCCAAAUAAUUCUGUGUGCCGCCCACCCUCCCUCCCUCCCUCCCUCAUGCCAACCGGUCCCCCACCCUGGGUAAACGUUGCCACUUUUAUCUGCCAUGGCACAGAUUGCCACCUUUCAUCAGCCUGGCACUGCUCAGAUUCCAGGUAGCGUCGCCAGCUCCAGCCUCUGAAAGCCCCUUCUCUAAGCUCUGGGCUUGCUCUAACCACUACACCACACUGGCUCUCCAAGGGCGAGGGACGGAAUUGGGGAAGUCCUUCUGCAGUGGGGUGGCACGCCUGGCUCCUGUGGUGUAGCGUUGGAGAGAAGAGGCUAGGGUUCGAAGCGCCUGUUCUUCCCCCUCACCCAAAAUACCACCCACAGGCCCCCCAACUGCCCUGUGAGGUGUGGGCACCUCCACAAGUCGGGGCUGCCUUACACCCACUCUGCGGGGCAUCACGGCUGGCAAAGCUGCCAGUGGCUGUGCUGUUUGUUUUGUCUGCAUCUGUGCCAGCCUCUCAUUCACCCCUUGCCUGGCAUUGCCUGUCCCACUUUGCCAUCUUAUGACACCACCGGCCCAGUCUUCAACUCCUUCGCUCCCCCAAAUCUGAGCCCCUGGGGUCUCCUGUCCCUGGACUGCUGCCUACCCGGAUGCCCACUGCUGACGCUGCCUUUCCUUCUUUGCCCCCUUGCUGGCAUUGCUCCCAACUGGUGCCCACAACACUGCAAAGCUUUGCGCCUCUUUUGGGGGUUUGUUCUAUCCCCCGAUUCCAGGGUCUGAUGAUCACUUGCUGCAUUUCUGUCCCAGCUUCUUUCGAACUCAAGAUCCUGCGCAUGGUUCUCCUCGCUUAAUUUCCACCACAACCCUGCGAGGUAGGCCAGGCUGAGAGUGCCUGGCCCCCAGGGUCACACCCAGCAAGCUUCCUGGCCGAGGGGGGGGGGAUUUGAACCCUGGCCUCUCCCAGGUGCUAGUCUGAGACUCGAACCCAGGCACCCCCAAACUCGGCCCUUCAGAUGUUUUGGGACUACAGUUUUUUGGGUUUUUUAAAAAUUAAUUUAAUCAUUUUUUCAAUACAAACAGCAACCACAAAAAACACAUACAACAAAAACCACCAUAACACUAAUAGCACAAUUUAACAAUUCAGAUUUGAGUACUGAUAUACCUAUAACUACACCUUUUUAUCAAUAUUUCCCCACCUCUCCUCCCCCCUACUUCCCACCACUUCCCGCCUUAUCGCUUAAAUACUACAGUUCCCAUCAUCCCUGACUACGGGUUCUGUUAGCCAGGGAUGGUGGGGGUUGUAGUCCCAAAACAUCUGGAGGGCUGAGUUUGGGGCUGCCUGCUCUAACCACUACACCACAUCAUCCAAAUAUACCACCCCACGGCUUUCGCUCAUUUUGCCCCACACAGCCUGGGGUGUGUGUGAGACGACGUUACAAGGUGCUCGCAAGAGGCAGUGUGGUGUAGUGGUUAGAGUUCCUGGCAGCUUAAUGAACCUUACAGGGCUGUUGUGGGGAUUAAAUGAGGGCGGGGACACGCAUGCCACCUUGAAAGGGGAAAGGUCGGGACAGAAACGCAUUAAUACUGAUUGCAAUUAAUAAUACUGCUGAUGACAGGAGUGCCCCUGAGCUCGUGCAGAGUGCUUUUCCUUUGCCAGUAAGCAACAGCAGCUCACGUUUGUAUCUGCCUGCGCCCUUAGGGGCCUGGUCACAGAUAGGAAGAGCCUUGCCCCCUGGGUCGUGCUGGAUGGGAGUUGUAGUCGAAAACACCUGCCAGGCUCCAGGUAUCCAAAGGCUGACUUAGAACGUAAAUAACGGUGUCUCGAGUGUUCGCUAGGAGAUGUUGGUUGCAAAGGGCGGGGAGACCCCUUUUGUCGGGGUUCAGUUUGGGAACUAUAGCACCCUUAAAGGACUGCGGGUGCCCCUUUGGGCUCCUCGCACUUCCGAUCCCGUAGGCCUUGUCUGGGUCCCGGGUGCGAGUCUUGCUUUCAGCCAUGGUGGCGGAUCAGGGUUAUUUAUGGCGCAUCCUCAGCGAUUGCUUUGGAGUGAUACAAUCAGUUUCAAAAGGAGACAGGUUGGUCAAGUGCAAUCCUUUCAGGGGGGGAAAGAGUUGAAUUUCAGCAGAGCAAAAUCUUCCUGUUCCGUCGCGAGUCACUCUGUGUUUGGCUGUGAGCAUUUUGGAUGGUUGUGGGGACAGCAAAGGCCACGAUAUAAAGCAGGGACCUGUGUCCCUGGUCCUGAAUUGAAUAGCCAUGAGGACUGCAGCCUUGUUUUACUUUCUCUAGGUGUAGCUCAGUGGCAGAGCCCCUACUUUGCAGGCAGAAGGUUCUAGGUUCAGUCCCCGAUUUCUUCAGAUAGGGUUGCAGGUUUCCUCUGCCUGAAACCCUGGAAGACACUGCCGGUCAGUGUCGAGAACACUGAACUAGACAGAGCAGUGGUCUUACUCUGUGCAAGGUAGCUUCCCAUGUUCCUAUUUAAGCCAGCUAAUUAUUAACCUCAUGAGGACUAGCGUUUUAAUUCAUUUUUAGGGAAGAGGUGGUACGGGGGAAAGCUGCUUUGCAUGCAGAAUGUCCCAGGCUCAAUCCCCAGUGGCAUCUUCAAGCAGAGCUGGGAAUAUCCCCUGCCUGAAACUUUGGAGAGCUGCUGCCAGUCAGUGUAAGGAAUACUGAACUGGAUGGAUCAAUAGUCUGGUUUCGACAUUCUGAAAAAAUGAGCACUGUAGAUUUCAUGGAAUUGUAGAGGUGGAAGGGACCCCGAGGGUCAUCUAGUCCAACCCCCUAGAUGGAACAGACACGAUGGGGAGGUGAGGGCAAUGGCAAGGGGCUUAGCUGUUGCAGCAUAGAUAUUUUGCUCCAGUAGUGACGCUGCCCCAGUGCAGAACUUAGAACCGUUGGGUGCAGAAUUAAAGUUUCUAGUCCUUAUUGGCUACUGAGAGAUGGGAUUGAGAUGGGAGUGGGGAAGAAGGAGGAGAAACCUCCCUACUGUGAAAGGAAACGGAAUCAAAUUCUGUGCAGAAUAAACCAAUAGGUUUAAAUGUUGGAGUUUAAUUCAGCUCGCAGAAUUCUACCUGCCGUGCGGAAUUUUGGAGUUAACUUUUUGGUGUGGAAUCCUCGCAUUUUUUUGUUUGCUGUUUCCUUCCUUCUGUUGUUCGUAAAAAUAUAUCUCACCAGACUUACGCAUCUAAAAAACGAUGCAGUUCAUUAAAACCAAAUGAGCUAUCUCAGGCUAGAGUGGAAAGCCAGUGAAUGAUGGCAUUUGGUGAGAAUUGAGGUGGAUUUGUUAUAGCAAAAAAUAAUAUAAAGUAGCCCUCCUAAGAUCCUCUUCAGCCACGUAUGCUGCUGGAAAGUGUUCAGAAGAUCAGGGUGAGGAACUGUGUGAAGUAAGGUCAAUGGUGUUUGAAGGCACACAUUUGCAGAUUUCUUUUUUCUUUUUUCAAAAACCUGUUCAGCCUGUCCCCUGAAAGCAACCAAAUCCAGUUCUAUGCAACCUUCCAGGAAUCACUUGCAAAAAAGGCAAAAUUGGGUGGAGCAACCAAGGCACAUUUCCCAUUUUGGACGGUAGGCUCUGCUCAUCCGUUUCCAUCCAAGCAAGCAAUCUCCUUUCCUGCAAUUUGAAGCCAUCACUUCACGUCCUGCCCUCUGGAGCAGGGGAAAACGAGCUUCUUCGCUCUUCCAUUGGACAAGCUUUGAGAUAUUUGAAGAUGGAUCUCCUGCCUCCUCUCAGUCUCCUCUUCCAGGCUCGACAUCCGCAGCUCCUUCGACUGUUCCUCACCAGGCGCAUGUGACGGACAGCAGAGCCCGAGUCUGGCGCUGCAGUCCCUCAGGAUUCCACCAGAGGGCUGAAGCCUCUCUCCAAUUGGCUGCUGAGAGGAGGGGGAGGAGCCAGCCAUUUUGGCGGAAGAAUAAAAGGCGCUUUUUCUGAGGGAGAGAGUCAGUCAGGGCUUGGACUGAGGGGAAACUGGCUCUAAGAGCCGGUUGAGGGUCUGGGGAGGAAAAUGGAGGGAUGAGGCAGGAGAGGCAGACACUGUGGGAAUUAUUAUUAUUAUUUCAUACCACGCCCAUCUGGCUGGGUUACCCCAGCUACUCUGGGCGGCUUCCAACAAAAGAUUAAAAAUAUAUUAAAAUUUAUAUUUAAAAAAGGCCACUCUUCCUCUUGGGAGAGAUCUUGUGGAAAGAGGAGGCUCCCAAGCCAGUCACAAGGGCCGAGGGGCUUCCCGGGAUCUGGUAUCCCAAAUAAAAUGCCUCAGGAGGGGCAUUGCUAAGAGAGAGGGCAGCUGAGGGAAAGGGCUCCUCGCUCAGGAGCCAAAGUAUGAAGCAGCGAAGGGAGAUUUAGCUGCGUCCAAAAUAUUUCGCCGUAACUGACACCUGUCACAACUAAGUAAAGGAAUGAGAGUACGCAGAAGCUCAGAGGAACAUCUCCUCGGGGCCGGAUUUGCGUAUAAGCUAAACAAGCUAUAGCUUAGGGCCUCACUCUCUUGGGCGCCCCCAAAAAUGUAAAUAAAAAAAAACCUGGUUGUACAUUUCCAAAAUAGAAGAUAAAAAACAAAUAAGACAAAACCGACAUACAGCAACAGUGUUUUGCGUUGUGUAGGCUCCUAUGUUGUAAGGAAUGGGCCUCACCUGCUAGCCUGCUCCCUAAAAUAUCACUGGUUUGCUCAUUUCUAUAUAUCCAGUGGUACCUUGGUUCUCAAACUUCAUCCGUUCCGGAAGUUCGUUCCAAAACCAAAGUGUUGCAAAACCAAGGCACGCUUUCCCAUAGAAAGUAAUGCAAAACGGAUUAAUCCGUUCCAGACUUUUAAAAACAACCCCUAAAUUUUAACAUGAAUUUUACUAUCUAACGAGACCAUUGAUCCAUAAAAUGAAAGCAGUAAUCAAUGUACUGUGCUAUAAAGUAAACAAAACAGUAUUGUAGAUGAUAAAAAUGAAAAUUUAAAAAAUUUCUUACCUGCAUUGAUGAUAGUCAUUGUUUGGAUGGGGAGCUUUUAUCCAUUUCCGCAGUCAAAGGACAGCUGGACAUAUAAAGGGCCCCAUUACCUUCAGUAGCUUAGGGCCUCAUCAAACCUAAAUCCGGCCCUGCAUCUUACCACCUCUUCUUCCAAGUGAAGUGUAACAACUGAUUUUGAGUCACUGAACUUCAAGAGAAGCUGCACCUGUUGAGUUUCAGCCUGAAGCAUAAGCCAUAAGUUAACUUCUGCCUGAAAGAACACCUCUCCUGACCCAACUUCUUACUUUUGCAAAUGGAACUUUUCUUGUUGGGUCAGCUCCCACCUGAGACUUCAAGUCCCAGAGGGUUUGCUUGUUUUUCCCCAAAAUGACCCCUGAAUUUUUGAAUUUAAUUGAUAUUGAUGCUGCAUUUUAUGUUGUAUUUUAUGCUGUUUUAUGCUGUUUUUAAGUCGCAUUUUAAUCAGUGUUUUAUAUUUGCUGUUAGCUGCCCUGAGCCUGGUUUUUAAACCGGGAAGGGCGGGUAUAAAUAAUUUUUUUAAAUUAUUAUUAUUCCCUCACGCAAGACGCACAUAGCCUGUGGUAAAUGGAAGACAUUUGUGUCAAUAGCGUACUGUGAGGUGCAAUAUUUAAUGGGGGGGGGAGUCAGUGGUGGGAUCUGUGACUUUAUUAUUUGGUGGUCGGCGGGCUGAGUCUGCUACAUCUUGGCUUCCAGACAUCUUGGCUGCCUUCCUCUGCUGAUUGUUGGGAGGCUCAGCGCAGAUAAAAGAAAGCCCUUCUUUGUUCAGGGCAGAGUUAAACUGUGGAACUCCCUGCCACAGGAGCCAAUGAGGGCCGCCAACUUGGAUGGCUUUGGAAGAGGAUUAGACAAAUCCAUGGAAGAGAAGAGGGCUCUGCUCUGCCUCCAAAGUUGGAGGCGGCGAUGCUUCUGAAUGCCAGUUUCUGGAAACCCCAGGAGGGGAGAUUUCCUGCUUCUUAUGUCCUUACAGUCACACAUUUGAUUCCCCCGGUAGAGUUUCCCCACCGCUGAGCUAUACCGCAGAAAACAGGUGCCGUAGGGAAGACUGCAUUUUGCAUGCGUGGGCGGCCACUGAUUCGAAUCCUGACGUUCCCUUAGGUGGCUCCUGUACAUCCUGGUCACCAACUGGUGUCGCCGGCGGCUGCAGGCAGAGCUGAAGGUGGGCUCUUUUGGGUUCUUUUGGAUUCAGAACCUCAGCCUGAAGUUCCAGGAGGAGCAACAGACAGUGGUAGGUACCGGGGUGUGUUUGUGUCUUUGACAUCAACCCUGGUCUGGCGAGGCUUGCAAACUUUCCUGCUCACCUGUGGCAAGUCUUGCCCAUUUGACUUACUUUCCUUUGUAUAAAACAAGCCCGAAGGUGGUCCCCAACCCGCUCACAGAUCCUUGUAUGAUCAGCGGGAACAGUUGGUCCUGGCAAUUAUUAACCACUCUCAAUUCCACCCUGGUCAUUGCCACCUGCUCAGAUUUUAACUUGUCUGAAUUAAUUUUAAGAUGUAUUUUAAUUAAUUGAUGUCUGUUUUUAUGCUUAUUGUGUUGUUUUUAUGAUGUUAGCUGCUCUGAGCCCAGCCUCGGCCAGGGAGGGCAGGAUACAAAUACAAAUUAUUAUUAUUAUUAUUAUUAUUAUUAUUAGGCAAACCACACACAAGAGGCAGUUUUGUGCAAUUCUUACCCUGCUUCAGCCCUAUGAAGCUGGUCUGCCCCUUGAACCUUGUCCCGGGGGGGGGGAUAGCCGUGGGUGUGCCACAUUGAAUCUGUGGGGCAGAGGGCACAUACCUGGGAGGUACAUGCAGCCAUCAUGGGUGUCUCUUGGCUGUGCCGUUUUAGGAAAUCGACAGCGUCUGGAUCUCCAGCAAGCUCCUGAACCAUGAUGUCCCGUGAGUAUUUAUUGAAUGCAUUCAUAUUCCGCCUUUGCUCGAACGAUACCAAGGUGGUGCACGUUGUCUUCGCCCUUCCCAUUUCACCCUCACAACAACCCUGUGAGGUAGGUUAGGCUGAGAGGAAGCAACUGGGCUUAAGGUCAACCAGUGGGCUUGAUGGCUAAGUGAGGAUUUGAACCCUGGUCUCUCCUGGGGCCUAGUCCUUGAAUCCCCGCAACAACCCUGUGAGACAGGUUAGGCUGAGAGGGAGAGCCCCAGGUCACACACAGCGAGCUCUGUGGCCAAGUGAGAGAUUUGAAUCCGGGUCUCCCAGGUCCUAGUCCAACACUCCAACCACUACACCACACUGCCUUUACUGCCUUGUAGUUUCCCCACCAGUCAAUCCUUCAGGGAACGCUCUCUGCAUCCACUCGUCUGGCAUGGAACCCUGCAGGGCGGGCGGAUAUUGAAUCCUGGUGGAUUAUGGGCCAAAUUUAGGGAGGAAGGGUGGUGUUACAACCUCUGCUUGGCCCCAGAACACAUUCAUAACAUAAAUUAGGUUCUUUAUGUUGCACAUUGCCGUGGGAUCUUCUGCUUAAAGGCAAAAUAUAAAUAAAAAAAUAAGAAUAACCUCUGCUGACUCAUAGCAUUUCCCGUUAGGGCUGGGAAACAGGGCUUGGUGGUUGUACCACCAUCCUACAGCAGAAAGGAGGCUGUGGGCCUCCAGACGCUGCUGAACUACAACUCCCAAUGCCCUGUCCAUUGGCUACUUUUCCUACUGGCUUCUUCUGCCAGUCAGUGUAGACAAUACAGAGCUAGACGGACCAAUGGCCUGAUUCAGUGUAAGGCAGCAUCCUGUGCCCCUGCUUAAAGCCGCCCUUCCUUGAGAACCACGAGGACUAGAAUCUUGUUUUCAGUCUUAGAGGAGGAGCUGCAGCUUGCUGGGAGAAGGCCCCAGGUUGAAACCCUGAUGGCAUCUCCAAGAGGGACAGGGCAGGACCCUUUGGAGAGCCAUUGCUGCCAGUCAGUGCGGACAGUGCUGAGCUAAACAGACCCAAAUGUCGGAGGAGAAGUCAGUUUCCUACGAAUCCCCAAACUGCUUUUUAAACACCUUAAAAAUUCCUCUUUAAGUCUUGAUACUGAACUGGGCUAGCUCUGCUUGCAUUGAAAUCCUGUCUCUCGGUGGGAGGGUUGGCAGGGGGAAGACGGUUGCACCUCCAGCUGCACCCCCCUGCUCCUGACCCCAUUUUCACACACCCCCUUCCAUCUGCAGGCGCUACCUGGCGCUCUGCUUCGGAGAGGUGCGCAUCCGCGUGGACCUGCAGAAGGCGCCCAGGCUGCCCUCCCCGGAGGCCCCAGCAGAUGGUGGCGUUGAGCAAGGCAAGGUGCUCUCCCUUGGACCCUCACUGCUGCGGCUCCUCAGCCAGGUGAGAGGUGCUCAGGUCUGGGCAGGGAGCCUGGGUGGGUGGGUCUAGACCUCUGCCUCCUCACAGACACCCCCCCUCUGCGCCCUCCCCAGCUCUGCUCUGUCCAUGUGGAGGCGGUCAACGUCAUGGUCCUGCAUGCAGCGGCCUCCGAGUCCCUGUGGCACGUGCAGGUGACCAGGACACAGAUCCUGCUGGAUGGCGACGGGAGACGGUGAGUCUAUGGGGGUGGUUUGGCUACCUGUGGCCCUGCCUGUCCGCAGCUCAGGACAGAGCGCCUGACUUAACAUGCAAGAGGUUCUGGGUUCAUUUCCCGGGGUCUCUAGAUCCAGCUCUUCUUACUGAGGUCUGUUGGUACAGCGGAACCUCCAUGCCCAGGGACAGUCUACCUCCAAAAACCAAGCAGUGGGGAACAACUGGAGAGCACUGUGGGGCUCAGAUCCUGCUUGUGGGUUUUGGAUUAAGGGCACCUGGCUGUCCCCAGUGAGAACAGGAAGCUGGACCUCAUGGGCCGCUGGCCUAAUCCAGAAGGCUCUUCUUUGGUUCUUAUGGAACCUACAGGUCCAGAGGCAAUCUAUCUAGGUUCCUAGCCAUUGUGAGAAGAGGGGGCAGGACUAGACAGGCCACUGGCCUGCUCCAGCAGCCAGCCUCUUCUUAAGGCAGUACUAUUUCUUAAAAAAUAAAUCUCUCAGUUGUGGGUGGGGUCACUGCAGUCUUUUUCUUUCUUCUUUGAUCACUCAGAGUUGGAUUGCUCUUGUCCCCCACCCUUUUGCCUCCCCCAGCAUGGCCUGCGAGGCGACCUUCUCCCAGGUGAACAGCAAAGUCCUGAAAAGCAGCCGACAGGUAAGGCGGGGGGGGGGGAGGUGAGCGAAACACCUGGUGGUUGGGAGCUUGCUUCUGUCAAUUUAUUUGUAAAAGUGUUUCCGGAGUGCCAGUCUGUAGGAUAAGACACAGCAGUGUCCAGCACCAAGAUAUAAAAGAAAGUGAUUUUCUUUAAAAGCAUAAUUAGAAGUAACUGCAUAGGUCUGGGUCUUCUAGAGAUGCCCAGAAGUUGAAAGUGAGAGGGUGCCUGUUGCAUCCCUGAUGGAUGCGUGUCCCGCAGCCUAGGAUCAAGGAUGCUGAAUGCCCAACUUCUGACCAAUCACUAACAGCUGCAACCUUCCCUCUCCCCAAGGGCUCCUGCCUUUCUCAGACCUGCAUGCUUUAUUGAUUCAUAUACAGCACGUGGGUGUUAAAACAGCCACCAGCCUCAAAGCGGUUUGCAAAAAAAAGAAGUCAAUAAGUAAAAGAAAAACAAUAACCUAAGACUUUCCAAAAGUUAAAAUAGCAGUCGAAUAAAAACAGAUUAUAGUGGAUGCUCAGGUUGCGAACAUGAUCCGUGCAGGAUGCACGUUUGCAACCCACAGCGCCUGCAACCCACAGCGGCGCAUCUGCGAACACGCGGGUUGCGAUUCGGCGCUUCUGCGCAUACACAAAGUGUGAGUUAGCGUUUCUGCGCAUGUGUGACUGCCGAAACCCGGAAGUAACCUGUUCCAGUACUUCCAGGUUUCAGCGGUCAGUAACCCGAAAAAACGCUGAAGCGUCUGUAACCCGAGGUAUGACUGUGCAAUUUACACCAGCUUUCCAAGUUUCCAGGCUGACGUGUCUAAGCAACACACAUCAUGAAUUGCACUAUAUUGCCAGGUCCAAAAUUAUGAAACCAAUACCAUGCUACGGAUUUCAAAUCGGCUUUGGUCAAUACAUUGAUCUAUCGUCCAGCCCUAACAGGCAGAAAUGCAUCUCCCCCUGGCGGAUUCCUCCUUCUCCCUCUCCCCUGCAGGCCGACGCCUGCCUGGCUGAGCUGUCACUGGCCCUCACGGUCUCCCUGGACUUGCGCCUGAGGAAGUGGCAGCUCUGCGGCCUGGAGGUGGGCGUCUGGAGCUUCCACGCCGAGCUGCACGAGGGACUCUUCCACAGCGAGCUGCUGCGGCGCGUCGGAGGCGGAGAUACGGCAGGUCGAGAACUCUGGGCUCCCAGGGGUGUUUGAGGGGGACCUCAAAGGGCUGAGGGUGGGCUCCUUCCUCCUCCUCCUGUUCUUUGGCUUCCCAGAGCUCAGGCACAAUUUGCAACUCACCUGCUCACCUGGGGCGAACACCCCGCUCCUCCUAGUUGAUUGAAGUACACUCUCUUGCCCCGCCAUUGGAAGGGGCGCCUGGUGUCCUGACCCCAAACCCUUGGUUUGCUGCUUCCGUUUUCAGCGGGUCGCUUCCGAAUGAAUGGUUGGUGUGAAGGAACCAGCUGCGGUGGGGAGGCGGUUUGGCACGGGGUGCAAGGGUCUGUAGUUCUCUACCCUGAAACUGGCAAGUGCACGAGAGAGGGAGGGAGAGAGCUGGGAGAGGGGUCUGUCUCUCCUCCGUUCCUCAGGUGGGGUGCCCUCGAGCGAGUGUCUUGGGUUCGAGAGGCCCAUGAGCCUCUCACGCAUGGCUUUCCCCUCCUUCCAGACCCCGCCACGGCCGUUGAGCUGCGCCCCUCGCUGUUGAGCCUGGCUAGCCUGAAGUACGUGCCCUGCCGGGUGAAGGUGGAGCUGCAGAACACCAGCCUGGUGCUCUCUAUGAACAGCCAGAAGAGGUAACGGGGAGUGGGGGGUUUCAGGGAACCCCUGUUCCUGGAUGCAAAACCUUUAAUUCAAAGCCAUGAAGAGGGGAAUCUUGAUUUCAACUUAGCUCAGAAGGUCCUGGGCUCAAUCCUGGCUUCUGCAUUUGGGGCUGGGAGAGAGACCCCCCUUCCUGGAGUCAUGGCAGAACUGCUGCCGGUCAGAGUAGGCACCACUGAGCUAGAUGGGCAAAUGGUAUAUUGGCCACUUGGUAUAUUGAAGGGAGCUUCCAUUCCAUUGUCGUCUCCAUUGCAGGCAUCUCACCUGGACCCUGAAGCUACUGCAGUUUGCGUACCAGUGUGACGGGGAGCAGAUCCCUCUCCGCAGCUUCACGCCCACCUGCGACCUGCCCCAGAUGAGCCUCGAACUCACGCUGGAAGGCAAGUGCUUGGAGGAAAGUAGUAAGAGGAGGGCAGAGGAACAGUAGGGCACAUGGUGUGCACUUAGAGCCUCUUUCUCCGGCCCUCAUGACACUUCCUAGGCUAUGCCUCCUCCUCAGCCACACCCUCUUCCCAAGCCACACCCUCUCCCUUAGGUCACACCUCUCCUUAGCCACACCCUCUCUUCAGGACACGCCUCCUCUUUAGCCACACCCUCUCUCCGUAGGCCACUCUGCUCACUGGCUACUCAGCUACAUUGGCAAAGAAAAAGUGCUUUACAGUACAGUGGUAUCUCCGGUUGCGGACAGGAUCCGUUCCGGAGGUCCGGUCAGAUCCUGAUGUUUCCGUAACCUGAGGACCACUUCUGCGCAUGCGCGCACAGCGAACCCUGGUAAAACUUCUGGGUUUGCUGCGUGUGCAGCCCGAGGUUUACGUAACUAGAGGGUUACAUAAACGGAGGUACAGUGGACGCUCAGGUUGCGAACGUGAUCCAUGCGGGAUGCACGUUCGCAACCCGCAGCGUUCACAACCCACACGUGCGGGUUGUGAUUCGGCGCUUCUGUGCAUGCGCAAAGCACAAUUUAGCGCUUCUGCGCACGUGCAACUGACAAAACCCAGAAGUUACCCGUUCCGGUACUUCCGGGUUUUGGCAGUCCGCAACCCAAAAAACCGCAACCUGAAGCGGACGCAACAUGAGGUAUGACUGUACGACUGUAUGUGCGUUGUUUAAGUAUUCUAACACUGUGACAGCAGAUGGCGCUGUGGAGUUUUGUUUUUGCUCACCUGAUUUCUCAUACAAUGUUUGCAACGCGUUUAGCUGAAACACUUCUUUGAUGUGUCUCGAUCCAGCUUGGCCCUUGCUUUCAUUCAUUAUUUUUAUAUACUGAAUGUCUGCACUGCCAUUUGUACUCCCUACUUUGGAGUUUCCUCAAGGGAGGAGACCAGCCAGCCUCAAGAAGGGGUGAAAUGUGUCAUCCCUUGCCCUGCCCCCCUUUGCACCUGCCCCCCCCCCAGAGUGGAAUGCGCCCCCUGCUCUCUAGGUGAGCUGCCUAGGAGGGCUCUUUCACAAGGAACGUAAAUCCGAUCACAGGAGGGCACGGGAGACUUGGCCACCCACAACCCCGACAAAGCCCCUCUUCUUUUCUUUUCUCUCCCCGCAGAUGGGCUCCUGCUCUCUCAGAGCCGCCAGCGGAUCGUCUGCCUCAGCCUGCUGAAAGCCACCUUGCAGGCAAGUGCUUCUCUUGCUGUAGUUGGAUGGGACCCCCAAAGGUCAUCUAGCCCAACCCCCUGCAAUGCCGCGCUGCCAAUGGCACUCCUCCUCUCUCACCCAUCUGUAGGUCAUGGCCAUCGACAUCUCGGUCGCCGUGGUGCUCAACACCUGCAUUGUCCACUACCGCCACCAGGAGUUCUCCCACUGGCUGAGCAUGCUGGCUCUGGCGCGGAAAGAGGAGGGGGCCCCGGCCCCCACCAGGAACAGCAACAGGAGGUCAGGGUCUCUUCCCCCCCUCCCUCCGCACCCGAAGCCCUGCUACUUAUUUAUUAUUGCAAUUAUUAUUAUUUAUGAAAUGUGUAUGCCACCCUAUACCUGCAGGCCUCAGGGCAGUUCACAAAAUCAGAUUUAUUUAUUUAUUUGGAGCAUAGAUUUGUGGUGUUGGAAGGGGCACCAGGGGGUCACCUAGCCCAACCCGCUGCCACGCAGGAAUUGCGGCCCAAUAAUCCCUGACAGAUGGCCAGAUGGCCUCUGUUUAAAGUGAAGGAGAGCCCACCACUUUCCGAGGGAGUCCGUUCCACGGGCGAACAGCUCUCACCGUCUGUUCUUCCAAAGAUGUAGUUGGAAUCUCCUUUCUUCUCAUUUUAAUCCAUCGGUCCUCCCCUCCGGAGCAGCAGAAAACAAGCUUGCUCCACCAUCCACAUGGCAGCACUCUGGAUAUUUGCACCCCCUCUUCAGCCGAAAAGUCUCCCUGAGUGGUUUGCAUUCAGUCACAUAAAGCAAGGCACUCCCUGCCUGCAGGCUUAUGAUAUAAAAUACAUGACACACGAAGGAAAAGGGCCAAGGAGGGUAGAGGAAAGAAGCAAGCUCAGGCACCAGGUUUUUUUAUAAUGACAAGGUGGCACAGUUCAGGGGCAGGGGGUGCUUGAAGGGGCUGGGCUUUCAUAGAAUUGCAGAAUUACAGAGUUGGAAGGGAGACCCAAGGGUCAUCUAGUCCAACCCCCUGCUAUUUCAGCAGAGCUGAUUGAGUGCUUCCUGCCUUUCUCACCGAGGCAGCCUGGUGGGAUGGGGGCCCCCAGGCGACAGUUGGGGGGAGAGGAGGAGGCCUGAUGGAGCUGGCCUGCUGCAGCAGAGCCGCCAAAGGAGCCUUGGGUCCAUCACACCACCCUUCCUCAAAUAUGGCAUCUCUGGUGAGGUUGCAGAUCCAGUGCAGAGCGACACCCGCCGUUUCUCCCCCAUUUAGGAUGCCGCAGAUCCUGGCCACCAUUAUCCUCAGUGCCUCUGUCUCCAAUGUCAGUGUCUCUGUGCAGCUGGGGGACACCCCACCAUUUGCCUUGGUCCUGAACUCCGUCUCCCUAGGUAAGGAUUGUGUAUUUUGUGUUUUUGUAUUGUGAUUUAAUCCUGCAAACCACCCUGAGACCUGCGUGUAUAGGGUGUUAUGUAAAUUUAAUAAACAACAACUACUACUACUACUAUUGCAGGAGUUAGGUAGUUAGAACCGUAGCCUAACCCCUGCAAUUCACUGGGGACUGGCCUCUUUUUAAAAACAAAACAAAACUGGGAUCGUCCCUUUGCAACGAUAGAUAGAUAGAUAUUAUUUUCACAAAUAAUACUAUAAAUUUAGCAAACUGGCAUGCCUAGAUAUAAAGCUUUAAAACAGUUGUUCAAAAGUUUUGACUGUUUCUAAUUUAUUGCUUUUGCAAUGCAUCUGUGACUGUAACCAAUCUCAGACGUUUUGAAUGGCAAUUCUUUUAAGGGUUUUGAUCUGCGAGAAAGGACUUGCUUCUUUUUCGUUCAAAACAACAAAUCUGUCGGCGGCUCUGGAGCCUGAGAUGAUAAUGCAAUAAAAUUCAGAACAGUCACAAUUAAUUGUGCAUUGAUUCCAAAACAAAUUAAAACCAUUUAUUUUAAUGGAGAGCCAGGGUGGAGCAGUUUUUGGAGCAUCGGUCUAGGACCUGCGAGAGGCCAGGGUUCGAAUCCUCCCACUUGGCCAUGAAGCUCUCCUGGGGUGUGACCUUGGGAGAGUCAUUCACUUUUGGCCUGACCUAUCUUGCAGGGUCGUUGUGAGGGAUUAAAUGGGGGGGGGAACCAUGCGCACCACCUUGAACUCCUUGGAGAAAAAAGGUGGGAUAUAAAUGCAACAAAUAGAUCAGAAACCUGAUCGAGUGAUGCCAGCUUUCAAAGUUGGGUGGUCAUUGACACCUGCAGCCUGCCCCCCUGCCACCCCCUUGCCUCUUCGCAUGCCCCCCAAGUAAACCCCUGAUACCGCCCACUUUGGGAGCUGUUGUUUAAGGGGUCUGCAAAGACCAGCAAUUUCCUGUAGCUUUGGAGAGAAAAAGUUGGGGAAUUUUCCCAGCAGAGUUUGUGGACAAUUUCCCUCCCUUCCUCCUUCUCUCUCUCUCUCUCUCUCCCUCUCCCUCUCCCUUCUAGAUUACCAGCACCUGCGUCCACAGAGCGUCCACCAGCGAGCUGUCCUGGCAAUCGACCACCUCUGCUGGCGUGUGGGGGCUGACUCCCACAUCCAGCGCGCCCCCCACCCGCCCAACAUGCACGUCUGGGGAGAGGCCCUCAUCCUCGACUCCUUCAAUCUGCAAGUGAAUGAGGGGACGGGGCUUGGGCAGAGAAAGUGGGGUGGGGGGAAGGGGCUUGGCACAGAUUCUGGGAGGUUUCUGGCAGGGUCCGGCUUGGGUGCCAACCCCCCACCAUGCAGCUCAGGGCCUCCCCACCUUUGCAUCCCAGGGCUGUCCCACCCCAUUUUUCUGCAGGCCUUGCCAUCCCUGCUGCAUCCCAGGGCACAGAUAAUCUUGCAUCUCCUGUCCCAUUUUUGUGUGGGGCAAAAGAGCUGAGAACAGGUGGGGUUUUGGGGGGGUGGGGGAGAGAAGCGAGUGAGAGAGAGAAAAGUGAAGGUGCUAAUCUAAAUUGCCACCUCCGUGAAUAUUCAGGGAGAGCAUAGCUUUGAUUUCCCCCUGCGAAGCAAAAGCUGUAGGAGGGAAUGCAGGAGUCAGACCAGUUCAGUAUUGUCUACACUGACCGGCAGUGGCACUCUGGCGUCUUGGGGGCUCAUCCAUCCCUGGAAAUUCUGGGGAUUGAGCCUGAGACCUUCUGUGUGCACAGCAGGAGCUCUGCCACUGAGCUACGACUCCUUCCCCCCAAAAGCAAGUUUUUGCCCUCGUUUCUAAAUUUUUAAUGGAACAUGAAGAAGCUGCCUUUAACCAAGCCCGUCUAGCUCAGUAUUGUCUACACGGACUGGCAGCAGCUCUCCAGGGCUGCAGGUGGGGGAUUCUCCCAGCCCUACCUGGAGACGGCGUUCGGGGAAUUGAACCCAGGACCCUUCUGCAUGCAGACCAGGCGCUCUGCCCUGAGCUGUCGCCCUUUCCUGAAGACAAAAUAAGAUUCUGGACCUCACAAUUCUAAAGCGGUAUCUACCCCAAAAAAACAAAACCAAGAUGCUAGUCCUCAUGGCCGCUGCCUGGGAUCACAAUGUCCCAGUGACUCAUUUCUGGCCUCUUCCGCAGGGCAGCUACAACCAGCCUCUGGGCACCUCCAGCACCCACGCUGACACCCUCUUCCUGGACUGCACCCUCCGCGGGCUGCAGGUGGAGUCUUCGGACACCUGCUCCGAGUGCCUCUCCAGGGUGCUGUCCCUCUGGCGCCCCCAGAGGAUGGAGGAGACCCUGGGAUGCCCAGAGGAGGAGGAGGAGGCAGCAGCUCUUUCCAUUGGGGAGGAGCUGGGGGUCCUCUGGAAGGUUGACCUGAAGGUGGAGGACGUCAACCUCUUCACCCUGUCCAGCCUGGCCGGUGAGUGCUGGGGGUGGGACAAGAGCCUUGGGGUGCAGCGGAGGCUGUUUCUGCCCCCAAAGUCAGACAGGACCGGGGGAACCUGCAGAUGGGUCUCAGUGAGCCAUUGGGGCACCGUUCCUUAGGAGCACAAGUGAGCGAGUUCCAAAUUUGAACUCAGUGCAGCAUGAAGAAGGACCUCCUUUUAUCUGUCCUGUUUCCCCCCAACAUUCGUCUUCCUUGGAUCUCUGAGUUCUAGUGUUACAGGAGAGGGAGAAAUCAUUUUCAGUCAUUUAGAGCUGCAGCACCCCCUUCCUUUGGAACUCCCUGCCUCUUGACACCAGGAAGGCACCUUUGCAAAGCCUCUCCUGGCUAUAUAGAAAGUGACCUGUCUUUUAAUCUGCUUUUUAGCUGAUUUUAAUCAUUUCUUGCUGCUUAUUUUGAAUGAUUUUUUUAUUAUUAUUCUUUUUGUAAACUGCUUUGAAGUUUGUUUGGUGUGUUUUUUUCAAUCAAGAGGUCUGUAAAUUAUGAAAUAAAUAAAUAAGAUAAAUUUAAACCCCCCCUCCCCCAAAAAAGAAUCAUGGGAACUGUAGUUUGCCCUUCAUGGAGCUACAAUUCCCAGCACCAAGAGCAAACUGCUGUUCCCAGAACACUCUUUUCAUGAAAGAAAACAAAACAAAAAACCAAAAAAACUGAUUGUGAGCUGUUUGCAACUGUUUUUAACAUUGCUUGGACAGGUUGAAGGACGGGUUGUUAUUAAAUAUAUUAAUCCUAAUAAUAAUGUAAUCAUACCAUGAAUAAAUAAAUGGAGCUUGACCGGCGUGCCAUCCAUUCUCCCUCCCUCCCUCUUCUUCUCUCCCCCCCCCAGGGGCCACAGAGGCCAGGCUGGACACCCUGACCAUGCUGGGCAGUGCUGAAAGCUGUACCAUCAGUGUCCAGGGGGUGGCGCUGGCCUUGGUGAAGAGCAUCACGGAGAAGAUGCAGCCCUGCUGCAAAGCCCCCGCCAUCCCCAGCCCCCUGGCCGACCUCUCCAGCCUCUCCCUCACCUAUCGGAGCAGCAUCCGCUCCCUGGAGGUACCACCGUCCACCUUUGUCAAGCGGGGAGGGGGAGGCGGGCAGCAAUUCCCUGCUCACCUGGGACCUUGGGAGAAGGGGCAUCAACACGGGGGGGGGGGGUUAUUCUGAUUUAACUAUUUAUUUGUGCUUUUACCUGUACAGUCGUACCUUGGAAGUCGAACGAAAUCCGUUCCGGAGGUCCGUCCGACUUCCAAAACGUUUGAAAACCAAAGCACGGCUUCUGAUUGGCUGCAGGAGGCUCCUGCAGCCAAUCGGAAGCCCCAUCAGACGUUCGGCUUCAAAAAUAGUUCGCAAACUGGAACACUCACUUCCGGGUUUGUGGCGUUUGGUAGCCGAAAUGUUCGAGAACUGAGCUGUUCGAAAACCAAGGUACAGCUGUAUUUUUAUUUUGUGGUCUGCCCUGAGAUUUUUGGAUGAAGGGCGGUAUACAAUUUUUAUUUUGCUGUUAUAAUUAUUAUUGAUGCGCAUAAGGACAUAAGAGGAGCCCUCCUGGAUUGGGCCAAAGGGGGCCUGCCUUGCGCUGUGGUCAAAUGCCCCCUCAGAACUUGGCAAUCGAGAUAGACUGCUUCUGGACCUGGAGGUUUCAUAGAAACGUCAGCAGAGCCUGCUGGAUCAGGCCAGGGCCCAUCUAGCCCAACCUCCUGUUCUUACAAUGGCCAACCAGAUGCCCCCAUGCGAAGCUCCCAAGCAGGACCUGGGCGCAAGAGCCCUCUCCCCUCCUGCUGUUUCUAGCAACUGGGAUUCAGAAGCAUGGCUGCCUCUGUGGAGGCAGAGCAGAGCCAUCCUGGCUAGGAACCAUUAAUAGUUUGCUCCUCCUCUAUGGAGUUGUCCAAUCCUCCUUUAAAGCCAUCCAAGUUGGGGGCCAUCACUUCCUCCUGCAGCGGGGAUUAACCCUCCCCUUCCGUGGUUUCCCUGUGUGCUGGGCCCGGGGUUUAACCAGAGCCACGCAGUCCAGGACCGGUCCCAAAUCCAAGGAUUCCGCGAGGAGUCAGUCCAACAGGGCCAAAGCAGGAAACUGGGCUAGGUCAGGCACAGGGUCUCAGGCAGGUUCCAGCAAGCAGCAAUGUUGCUUCUGCAACCUGGGGCAGGGUCCGGCAGCCUUUUAUCUCUACCCUCCUGAUUCCCCGGUGACUCACCUCCCUGUCUCGCCCGAAGGCAAGCACUCCUCCUGCAAGUACUCAGGUCUCUCCUUCUCUCAGACCUCAGUCUCUGCAGCUCGAGAUAUGUCGGUGGGUUACUAGACCCAGAGGCCGCCUCAGCCUCUCCUGACCCAACUGGUCGUGGAGCAGCUGUACGUGAUUGCCCAGCAGAGGGCAACGAGGUCAUCCCCGCAUCUGGAGCCGGCCCAGCUGGUGCUUGUUGCAGGGGAACCUGUGCAGACUGGGGCUCUUCAGAAUCAGGCCCCAGACUAGGUUCAGAUGCUGCCUGAGGCAGAGGGUCCAGUGCGGACUGAGACUCCUCUGGCUCCGAGUCUGAGCCCGAGUCCCAGCCAUCACACCCUGAUACUAUCAAGAGCACAAAAGAACCUCAGGAGAGCCUGCUGGAUCAGGCCCAUGGCCUACCUGGCGCAGCAUCCUCUUCCCACAGUGCCCAACCAGAUGCCCCCGUGGGAAACCAGCAAGAGCCCUCUCCCCACCACAGCUUCCAGAGGCUAAGUCCUCUUCCUCCUCCAUGAAUUUGCCCAAUCUUCUUUAAAUCAAGCCGUACCAGUUGGUGGUCCAUCACCGCCUCCUGCAACAGCAGUGAGUUCCACAGUUUCACUCCGCUCGGCAUGAAGAAGUCCUUUCUCUUCUCUGUCCCGAAUCUUCCCCUGUUCAGCCACUUCUUCCCCCGCGUUUUGGGGGACGGGGUUGCCUUCUCUCUCUCCUCUUUCCGGCCUGACCCUUCUGCCCUUCUCCACCGCCAGGUCCAGUGCGGCGAGAGCCUGACCAUCCUCUGGAGCCCCGCCAACCACAUGUACCUCUUCCAGCACCUCCUGUCCACCUUGCACUCUUACGAGACCCUGCGGGACCUGCUGUCCCCGCCGAGGGCUGCCCUGCCCGCUGACGGCCGCCCCGCCACCGCCGAGGGGGGUUCCCCUGAGGCCAGCGCCCCUCCUCGGCGCCUGCUGACCCUGACGCUGGAGCUCAGCUCCCUCAAGGCCACGGCCUUCGUCUCGGAGAUGCGCUACCUGAGCCUGGCGGCUGAGCGCCUCCUGCUCAACCGCCACGGCACGUCUCUCCACGCCUACUGCCCAGGGCUGGCGGCCGGCUUUGACGGCAACAGCAUCUUUGUCUUGAAGGAGGUCGAGCUGCAAGCCGUCCCCGAGCUGGAGGAGAUGAUCCUGCACCGAGGGCCGUUCCCCUCCCUGAGCACGCUGCGCAACCGCGUCUGGGCCCUGUCGUGCGCCAGCGUGGCGGUGGAGUUCCCCUACCAGUACGACUUCUCAGCCACCCUGGAUGAAGCCCUGGGCACCCAGAAGUGGCUCAAGGGUCUCCAUGGCAGAAGCGGCGCCGGAGGAAUCCCCGGCUCCUGGCUCCCUCCAGACCUGCUGUUGAAAGUCCAGCAGUUCUCCUGGGUCUUCCUGGAUGACGUCUUUGAGGUGAAGCUGCGCGACAACUACGAGCUGAUGAAGGACGAGAGCAAGGAGAGCGCCAAGCGGCUGCACCUUCUCGAUGCCAAGGUGGCCGCCCUGCGCAAGCAGCACGGGGAGCUGCUGCCAGCCCGCAAGAUCGAGGAACUGUACGCCUCGCUGGAGAAGAAGAACAUUGAGAUCUACAUCCAGCGCUCGCAGCGCCUUUACGGCAACACGCCAAUGCGCCGAGCCCUCCUCACGUGGACCGUGGCUGGCCUGGAGCUGGUGGCGCUGGCCGACAAGUCCUUUCACGGUGCCGAGAGGGUCCUGCGGCAGAUCCGCGAGCUGGACGCCACCAGCCCCUUCCCCGCUGACGGGCUGGACCUCAUCACCCACUGGUGCCGCAUGGUCAAGGGGAGCAUCAACAGUUUCUUCGGUGAGGUCCUGGCAUUCCCAGCACGUGGGGGCUUUACUGUCCUCAUCCCAGGGCGUGUGGGGAGGAUAUUUGAGGGGCUGCGAAGGGAGGGAGCCCAGUAGGGCUGGGCAAUAUGUUGAUAUAGAGUCAUACCUUGGAUCCUGAAUGUCUUGGUACUCAGACGUUUUGGCUCCCGAAUGCUGCAAACCCGGAAGUGAGUCUUCCUGUAUGCGAACGUUCUUUGGUACCCGAAGGUACAACACUGCUUCCGCGGCUUCCGAUUGGCUGCAGGAGCUUCUUGCAGCCAAUCGGAAGCUGCGCUUUGGUUUCCGAACAUUUUGGAAGUCGAACAGACUUCCAGAACAGAUUUCAAGGUACGAUUGUCCAAAACUGGUUUGAAGUCCAUAUCAUGAUAUUGGGUUCAUAGUUUUUGACCUGGCAGUGUAUCACGAAUCACGUUAGAGCUGGGCAAUAUAUUGUCCCAAACCAGUUUCGAGUCCAUAUCACGAUAAUGCCUUUGAAAUUUUUGACCUGGCGAUAUAUUGUGAAUCAUAAUGUCUGUAUGUGCUUGCUAUGCAAAAAUCACAAUGUGGGGAAACCCCCCAAUGCCUCUACAUCGCUCCACCCUUAUUGUGAAAUAUCCGUACUUCACGAUGUUUAGCUGGUGAUAUAUCGCGAUGUUGAUAACCAAAUGUUGCCCAGCCCUAGAGCCCAGGGGGUCUCUAGAGGAAAGGUCUCUGCACUGUCCUCAGGUGACUGCAGGGUUUGGGGGGCAGCUGCAGCUAAUUAAUGGUUUGUUAUCAAGCCUCAUAAAUCUUGAGGGAGAGCCAAAGUGUGGCUCUCCCUGGAGGAACAGGGUUUGAAAACCCACUGAAGUGCUCUGGGUGACAUUGGGGGCGCCAGUCACUGACUCUCAGCUUCAACUGCCUCAUAGGGAUUAAACGAGGAGGGGGGACCCAUGAGCUCCUCAGGGGGAAAAUUGUGGGACAUUAAUCCAAUAAGCAAAUAAAUAAGUUGAGCAUUACUGAUAAACCACCCGACGCUCUAAACUUUAUUAUCUUUCCAUUUACUCCCCACCUUUCUUCCCCAAGAAGCUCAGGGUGUGUGCACUGCACUCCUCCUCUCCAUUUGUCUUGAGAAUGCGGGAUGGGUUGCGUAGGUACUUGUUGGGGGGGUGCCUUCUGUACAUGCUCAGAGACACUAUUAGGAAUGUAAGAAGAGCUCUGCUGCCUCAUGUCAAUGGCCAGUCUAGUCCGGCAUCCUCUUCUCACAGAGGCCAGCCAGAUGCCGCAAUGGGAAGCAAGGAAGCAGGAUUCACAAGAGCAAUUUCCCCCUCCCCUUGUUUCCAGCAACUGGUAUUCUGAAUCAUUGCUGCCUCCAGCUGUGAAGGUAGAGCAGAGCCACCAUGGCUGGUAGACCUCGAUAGCCACCCACCCCUUCCAUGAAUGCACCGAAUCCUCUUUGAAAGCCAUCUAGCCUAGGGCUUGCCGAUCAGAAGGUCGGUGGUUCAAAUCCCCGCGACGGGGUGAGCUCCCGUUGCUCGGCCCCUGCUCCUGCCCACCUAGUAGUUCGAAAGCACGUCAAAGUGCGAGUAGAUAAAUAGGUACCAGUCCGGUGGGAAGGUAAAUGGCAUUUCCGUGCGCUGCUCUGGUUCGCUAGAAGCGGCUUAGUCAUGCUGGCCACAUGACCCGGAAGCUGUACGCCGGUUCCCUCGGCCAGUAAAGCGAGAUGAGCGCCACAACCCCAGAGUCACCCACGACUGGACCUGAUGGUCAGGGGUACCUUUACCUUUACCUAGCUUGGUGGCCUCCUGUGGGAGGAAGUUCCACAGUUUAACCCUGUACAAGUCCUUUUUUUAAAAACUUGUCCCGGAUCUUCCAAAAUUCAGCUACAUUGAUGUCCACGACAUCCGGUGUUAUGAGAGAAGGGAGGCAAACUUUCCCCUCUCCAAUUUCUCUGGGCUAUGCAUCAUUUUAUAAAUUUCUGCCAUUCUGCCUCUUCCUCGCAUUUUCUCCAAAAAGCCGCAAAUGCUGCAGCCUCCGUCCGGGGGCUGUUGCUCCUACAUCCCCUGGGUCACUUCACCUGCCCUUUCCUGACGCUUCACCUCUUGACUUUGCAGUGCGGAUCCGCGAUUACCCCCGCUACCUGUUUGAGAUCCGGGACUGGCGGCUCUCGGGGCGUCUGGCCGGGGCAGAGCAGCGGGGCCAGCCUUGCUCCCGCCGGCGGCAGGUGCUGAAGCUGGGGCUGCCCUGGGGGGACGUCUCGGUGGAGAGGAACAUGCCCCCCUUGAAGUUCUACCACGACUUCCACUGUGAGUCCCUGCGAGGGUUUCCAGGCUAGGCGGAAGGAGGAGGAGGCAGCCUUGACGCCCCCCAAGAUCUCAGGCAGAGAGAAGGGUCCUUACCCCAAUCCCACUUCUGCCACCUGGUCCUUUUUAAAGAAUAUAUUUUAUUGAAAUUUGGAAAAUGAAAAGAUUAAUUUCUUUUUCAAGACUAAGAAGCUAAUGUGAAUAGCAACACAGAACAGAAAGAGAGAGAAGAGGGGGAGGAAAUAAAAAAUGGGGGGGGGAGGGAAAGAGAAAGAAAGAACGUCUGUUGUUUUUAAACUGGAGAUGCUUCCAGGAAUUAAACCCGUGUCAUCGUUUUUCCAUGCAGAGUGAUUCUGUCUUAGACCACCAGAUGCUGUCGACUUCAACUCCCAUCAUCCACAGCCAAUCUAACAGCCAGGAAUGAUGGGAGUUUUAGUCACGCAACAUUCAGGCACCCAAAGGCAAAGAAGGCUGGGUUUAAGGGUUGGUCUCCAACCAGGAAGAUGUGAACUAACAUUUCCUGUGAGCCAUGAAGCCCGCUGUGUGACCUUGGGCCAGUCUCUCUGUCUCAUGGCCCAGCCCGCCUCGUAAGGUUGCUGGGAGGAUAAAACAGGGCGCUAGGUUGGUGAGACCCACAAUCGCUGGCCUAAGUUGUCAGAGAGGGAAGGUGGAGUGAAAAGUGCAAUGAUAAGGGAAGGCUGGAAGCUGCCUUAUUCUAAGUCUAUUUAACUCAGUACUGGCAGCACGGACUGGCAGCAACUCCUCAGGACUUCAGGCAGGAAAUCUUUCCCAGCCGCGCCAGAGGUGAUGCCUCUGGGGACUGAACCUAGAGUUCAGAAUAAUAGUAUUUUACAGCAUUGUGUUUAUUAAAAUAUUUAUAUGCCAUUGUUCAUUAAAAAAAACAGCAGGUUUACAGCAGCUAUAUAUAAAACAAAAGUUGUUGUUUCUUACCAGGGACCUUCUGCUUGCAAAGCAGGGGCUCUCCCAUUGAGCUUUGAUCACUUCCCUUGAGAGUUAAGUAAGGUUCCAGUCUUCAUGGGGUGGAAUAAACAGCUGACUUAAACAGGAAGCUGCUUUAUCCCAAGCCCAUUGAGCCUACACUGGCUGGCAGCAUCUCUCCAGGGGUUCAGGCAGGGAGCCUUAACCCUACCUGGACAUGCUGCAGCGGAUGGAGCCAGGGACCUUCUGCAGGCAGAGCAGGGGCUCUGCCCAUGAGCUACAGCUCACCCGGUAAAAAUGACACAAGUUUCUGGUCUUCAUGGUUCUGAACGGAGGAAUGUGCUUUUCCGCGCCUGAGCCCCCUGUCCUUUGCAGCCGAGGUCUUCCAGUACAGCAUCGUGUGGGGCCCGUGCUGGGACCCGGCCUGGACGCUGAUUGGGCAGGCCAUUGACCUGCUGACCAAGCCCUCCGAGGACCCCAGCGCCCCCCUGCCCUGGUGGGACAAGAGCCGCCUGCUUCUCCACGGAGACUGGCACAUGGACAUUGAGCAGGCCAACCUGCACCAGGUGGCCACGGAGGUGAGGCCCGGCAGGACAUGGAGGGAGCCCGGCGGGUCAUGGGCUUGGGCGGCCACCAACAAGGGGGACAGCCUGGUCUCUGCUCCAACCUUGCCUUCUGCCGCAGGACCCCUACAACACCACGGAGAACAUGCACUGGGAGUGGAGCCACCUCUCCUUCCACUGGCGCCCAGGGCAGUUCGUCUUCAAGGGGGACCUGGACGUCAACGUCCGGACAGCCUCCAAGUAAGUGGCCAUAUUGGCAUGGGCAGCAGGGCUUUGAGGGCAAGAGCGUGUGUGAGAGAGAGGUGGUUCUUUAGGGGAGGGCGCUAUGACGUUUGCCCAGGCGUUGGGUAGUGAAGCUUGCCUCUGUUGGCGUUUCUUCAAUAACCAGAGAAUCCUAGGAAUGUAGCGUGGGAAGGGAGCCAGAGAGAGCAGUAAUAACAGCAGAUGGAAAUGGAAAGAUGAGAAAUGAAAGCAUGAACCAGGCACGCAGAAUACAGAGGGUUUUAUGUGGGCUAAGUAAGUGAGUCUAACAAGCCACUGAAAGAAAGAAAAAACCAGGAUAAGCGUUGUCCUUGCGGGAAAAAAAAUAAGCAUAUAAGUUGCCUUACUAUUACUAUUAUUCAGUGCUUUUUUUCUAAAAAAAAAUGUUUAGGGGUACACCUUUUUAUAGUUCAAAUCGUGAAAAAUAAAUACAGUGGUACCUCGGGUUGGCAGGGACGCGGGUGGCGCUGUGGGUAAAACCUCAGCGCCUAGGGCUUGCCGAUCGCAUGGUCGGCGGUUCGAAUCCCCGCGGCGGGGUGAGCUCCCGUCUUUCGGUCCCAGCUCCUGCCCACCUAGCAGUUCGAAAGCACCCUUAAGUGCAAGUAGAUAAAUAGGUACCGCUUUAUAGCGGGAAGGUAAACGGCGUUUCCGUGUGCUGUGCUGGUGCUGGCUCACCAGAGCAGCUUCGUCACGCUGGCCACGUGACCCGGAAGUCUGCUUGGCAGGGGGUUGGACUUGAUGGCCCUUGUGGUCUCUUCCAACUCUAUGAUUCUAUGAUUCUAUGAUUCUAAGUGUCUGCGGACAGCGCUGGCCCCCGGCCUCUUAAGUGAGAUGGGCGCACAUCCCUAGAGUCGGACACGACUGGCCCGUACGGGCAGGGUUACCUUUACCUUUUACCUCGGGUUACAUACGCUUCAGGUUACAGACUCCGCUAACCCAGAAAUAUUACCUCGGAUUAAGAACUUUGCUUCAGGAUGAGAACAGAAAUCAUGCUCCAGCGGCGUGGUGGCAGCAGGAGGCCCCAUUAGCUAAAGUGGUGCUUCAGGUUAAGAACAGUUUCAGGUUAAGAACGGACCUCCGGAAGGAAUUAAGUUCUUAACCCGAGGUACUACUGUACAGUAAAUAGACAAAAGUAUAAAGAUUCACAAAAUGUUUAGAGGCAUGCGUACCCCUGUGUCCCCCCAGGAUAAAGCACUGCUAUUAUUUAUGACUCCUAGGUUACAACAGCAAAGCACAAUAUAAUGCUUUUAUUAUUUAUAUUAAUAUCAGGCCGAGAUUCCCCUUAGUUGCUGGGCAGGAUCAGGGUGCUCCCCUCCUGCCGUGGGGCGCAAUACCUGUUUGACCCUCCUCCUUCUCCUCCUCCGGGGCAGGUAUGACGACUGCUGCUUCCUGCACCUGCCGCAGCUGUGCAUGACGCUGGACCUGACGUGGCUGUGCCACGGGAACCCUCACGACCACCACGGGGUGGUGCUGCGCUCCCCAGAGUUCCUUCCCGAGGUGCCCGUGGGCCAGGACUAUGACUCCUACCGCGCCUUCCGCUCCGAGAACCUCAACCUCUGCAUCUGCAUGGACCUGACGCGGCCCAGCGGGGGUGAGUGUGGAAUCGUAGAGGUCGCAAGGAAUCCCAAGGGUCAUCUAGUCCAACCCCCUGCAAUGCUGGCAUCUCAGCUCAAGCAUCCAUGACAGAAGAUCGGGUCGUGUGUUUUCCCCACUUUUUUUUAUAGGGUCAGGUAGGGUAUAGGAGCCAGGCUGAGUCUGAUUCCCUCAGGAGGAAAUAUUUUAAUUUCCAACUAAAUAUCAGGAAGAUCAAGUAUUUUUUAAAGACUGGAGUAAAUUCUUAAUUCAUUUAAAAGACCACUGUAAACAGUUAAGAUCAUUGGCAGGGAUGUAAUGACACUUGUAAUGUGGACUUAUCUAUGGUAACUAUGGAUGUAUAACAGAUGGGUAAUGGUAAAAGAUGCAGAAGUUCUAAUUUUAAAUAUGGAACCCAGGGAGGGAGGGAAGGAGGUCCGGAGAUUCAAAAGAACCUUUCGCUUAAAUGUUUGAAAUGGUUCUAGUUAAAAUGUAUAAAACUGUGUAAAACCAAUAAAAAUAUUAUUUAAAAAAUGAUUUCCAACUAAGUAUCAGGAAGAGCUUUCUGAGUGCAAGAACUGUUUGACAGUGGAACGGUCUCCCUUGGGAGGUGAUGGACUCUCCUUCCCUGGAGGUUUUUAAGCAGAGGUUGGGUGGCCACCUGCCAGGGAUGCUUUGGCUGAGAUUCCUGCAUUGCAGCAGGGGGUCAGACUAGAUGACUCCUGGGGUCCCUUCCAACUAGAUGAUCCCAUUAUUUCAGAGUGGCUGGGGCAACCCAGCCAGAUGGGCAAGGUAUAAAUAAAUAAAUAAAUAAAUAAAUAAAUUUCUUAUUCAAAACCCCAACGAAAGAGAGUCCACCUUCUGAGGGCAUCCUUAUUGCUAUGAAUAAAGUGCAAUUAAAAAUCAAGUAUCCCAUUUAAAGUGGUUAUAAAUCCUGACAUGCCAAGGAAAAUAAAUAAUUUUUUUAUGUACGAGACAACAGCAGCAAGAGUCUUAAUAGCACAAGGAUGGAAGAAUGAGGAAACCCCGACGAAAGAACAGUGGCAAGAGAAAUUGAUGGAUUAUGCAGUACUGGAGAAAUUGACAUACAAACUGAGAGACAAAGACAACUGUGACUUUAAAGAAGAAUGGGAACUUUUUACAAACUAUUUAAAAAAACAACAAAAUGAAUUGGACUCCUUGGCAGGCUUUGAAUAAACAUACACAAAUUUAUUGACUGUUAAUAUAAUAGACAACUUAAGGAUCUUUACAAUUUUACAAUAUGCAGAGAACAACAUGUGCUGAAAAGUCAGAGAGAGGAACCGAGGGAAGUCUUGGAGAGGGAGGGAGGGUUCUUUUGGGGGGGAGGGGAAAAAUGGGGGGGUGAGGAAGAUGAUAUGUUAUGAUAAUUUGUUAUAUUGGAAUUCUUAAUAAAAAAUAUUUUAAAAAUAAAAUAAAGUGGUUAUAAGUCCCUGCCCUGGGACUUGUUGUCUUGAUGGCGGUGAUGAUCUGAUCUUGACAACUUUUCUGUUCCACCCCACCCUCCGCAGAGCCCUCCCAGCCCCGGAUCCUGCUCUACAGCAGCACCCUGCGCUGGAUGCAGAACUUCUGGGCCACGUGGACCAGCGUCACGCGCCCCAUCUGCCGGGGGAAACUUUUCGGGAACCUGAAGCCCAUCAGGAAGAAGCUGGGCCAGCACUACCGGCAGCUCUCCUUCACAGCCCUCUUCCCAAAGCUCCAGGUGAGAUGCAGGCCAGGCUCCCGGAGGUCAGGUGGGGUCUCAUCUGGCUUCGGAUUUGCACUUGGGAAGCCCAUUUGCUCGAGUGGGGAGGGGUGUAAGGGGCAACCCUCAGAUUUAUAACACUAGGACCUGGGGACACCCAAGGAAGCUGCACGUUGCAGGAAAAGGUAAUAAUUUAUUCACACAGCACAUAGGAGGCAUCUGUGACCACCAAUUUGGAUGGCUUUUAAACAGGACUAGACAAUAAAUUAAAAUAACUUAAAAUAAAUUAAAAUAACUUUUAGAAAUGAUAAUAAUUAUCAUUUAUUCUGGACUGAUAAUUAUUUGACUAACCUUACUUGUAGAUAUUGUAAGCGUUAAAAUUGGCAAGUGGAUAGCUGAUGCUUAAGGGCACCAAGUUUUAAAACAACAACAAACUAUUGUAAUAUAAAGUUAAUUGGAAGGAAUGGAAUGUGAAUUAGAAGUAACUAGGGAAAUACCGCAACAACAAGAAGAAACUUUAGGCGCAGCAAGAACGGAGUGCGGGAAACCAAUUUUUGCAAAAUUUAUUGUGGCUGAUUUGGUAAAAAUUAGGAAAAACCAAUAAAAAUGAUUUGGCCAAAAAUAAUUAAUAAACAGGAUUAGACAAAUGCGUGGGCUAUCAAUGGCUCCUAGCCACAGUGGCUCGGCUUCCACAGUUGGACACAGCAAUGCUUCUGAAAAUCCGUUGCUGGAAACCCCAGGAGGUCUCCAGAUGUUUUUGGACUGCAACUCCCAUCAUCCUUAACUGGCAGGACCAUUGGUCAGGAAUGAUGGGGACUGUAGUCCGAAAAUAGCUGGAGACCUGAGUUUGGGAAACCCAAGUUAGAAUGAUGUGGGAAGGAGAUCUCCAUUGUUGGGCCAGUUGCAGCCUGGCUGCUGUCGCUCGAUGGAUGACCGGGUCUUCGCAUUACUCAAUUUGCAUGGUUUCUGGAAAGAGUGGCGGCAGUGCUAGAGCAGCUGGCUCUGGGGAGAGUAAUGUGCUGCGCUGCGGAAGAGGGAGAGUGAAAAACCUCUGCCCCCCCCCAAUCCUGUGCGCCUUGUUUGAGCGAACUUCACCGAAGGCCGAGACGAAAGCAAACCCUGUUUCUCCUGCUUUCCUCCAGGUGCAUUACUGGGCCUCCUUCGCUCAGCAGCGUGGCAUCCAGCUGGAGUGUGGGCAGGGGCACAUUUUCACGCGAGGCACCCAGAGGCUCAUCCCCCAGGGUGAGUGGGCACAAGGGGGGUGGGAACUGGGAGGGGAUCUGACGUUGGCAGGUGGGGGAGGCUUCUCCCUUCCCUCUCUCUUUUUCACACCGCCGUUCUCACCCUGCAGCCGGGACGGUGAUGCGGCGCCUCAUCUCCGAGUGGAGCAUCACGCAGAUGAUGAGCGACCUGAGCCUUGUCACAGUGCACCUGAUGGCCUCCACCUGCGACGAGAAUGCCGACCACCGCCUGGACUCCCUGGUCAAGAAGACCCACCUCCUCAGCCUCUCCUCCCUCGCCUACCAGCGCCACAGCGUCCGCACCGCCGAGGAGGUGGGCAGCAGCGCAGGAGCCCCCCUUCCUUCAGCAGCGAGCAUGCCUUCCCCCAGGUUCCAGGCAGGGGUUUUUCCCUCAGCCCCCAACUGGAGGUGCAAGCAUUCUGCAAGCUCAGCAGGUGCUCUGUCCCAGAGAUUCGGCUCUUCCCUUGAAAAACAAACAAAAGUUUCUAGUCCCCAUUAUCUGGAAGAUCUGUGGAAGCAGUAGCUCCACAUUAGCGACACUGACUGCUAGAAGCUCUCCAGGCUUGUGUGUGUGUGUGUGUGUGUGUGUGUGUGUGUGCAUUCCCAGCCCUACCUGUGUGACAAGCAGUCGUUACGCGCUGCUCCUGGCACCAUCAUUCCCUUGCGCAGCCUCCUCCCCUGGGGCGCAUGUGGUGCCUGACAGCCUCCCUUCCCCGCCAGGAGCUGCCUCUUCGCGACGGGGACGACGUCUUCCACACACACCAGCUGCACCUGGUGGACUUGCGGGCUUCCUGGACCACAACAAACCGGGACAUCGCCUUUGGCCUCUAUGACGGCUACAAGAAAGCGGCGGUCCUCAAGCGCAACCUCUCCACCGAGGCCCUGAAGGGGCUCAGGAUCGACCCCCAGCUGCCGGCCAAGAAGCCCAAGAGGGGGCCUCCCCCCAGCUACCAGCCUCCACUGAGGGUCAUCGCCCCACCCAGCAGCACCAGGACGGAGCGCAGCCCCUCUGGAGGUGAGGGAGGGGGAAAGGGGUUGGCUGUAAAGUGGCGGGGGGUGGGGAAGUCAAGAGCCUCUCCUUUCGCAUGUGGGGGUUUUGAAUUAUGGAGCAAGUGUCAUAGGCACACACACCCUGGUCACCAAUCAUUGCUGGAUCAGUGUCCCAUUCCCCCCAACAGAAAAAGAGGGGAAGGUGCAUGUAAAUAUCUGAGACGGACCUCAUAGAGCGGACCUGAGCCUUGAAACACACUGUAGAGCAGAGAGAGGAAGUGGGAAAGAGCGUCACUUUUUUCAGCUUCCUCAUUUUUUUAUUUUGCUUGUUACAUAAAAAUUAUACACCACUCCAUUGUAAAGAAAUCUCUGAACAUUCGACGAGAAAGAUAAAGCGAUAAAAUAAUCCCUGAGAAGAAUUAGCAAUAAUUUGAGGCUUUCUAAAAGUUAACACAACAAUAGGCUGAAAAUGGAUUGAAACUCGCAUCCACUUUCUGAACAUCUGGACUGGCUUGUCUAAACAAGAACGUCUUUAGCUGAAAAGAGGGCAGCAAAGGUGCCUGCCUGAUAUCAAUAGGCAGGGAGUUCCCAAGUGUAGGUGCCGCCAGACUAAAAUAUUGUUUACUUACAAAUGUGGAACUGAUAUAAUGUGGCGCUUGUAACAGGGCAAUUCUGCCGAUCAAAGUAGUCAAGCGGGUGCAUGUGGGGUCAGGUGAUAUUGUAGGCAAAUUGGUCCCAAGUUAUUAAGGGCUUUAUAUACUGAUAACAUCUUGAAACUUGCGCGGUAACAAAUUGGCAGCCAGUGUGUAUAUCUGAGCACAGGAGUUCAAUGCUGACAAGGCCUUGCUCCUGUCAGCAAUCGGGCUGCAGCAUCCUGCGCCAACUGCAGCUUCUGAAUCACAUGCAAGGGAGGCCCCACACAGAGCGCACUGCAGUAGUCCAGCCCUGAAGUCCCCAGCGCAUGAACUACUGUGGACAAACUUUCCCGGUCCAGCUCUGUGUACUUUUCCUCUCACACCCAGACCAUAGAGCUCUUCCUACACCCACCUCUCACCCCAGCCUUUCGUCUUUCUCAGGGGUGCACUAGUUGGCCCUUGGGGUUCCCCCAACUCUUGAAAUCUGUGAUUCCCCCCAGGAGCCUACAUGCUCAAGAAGCUGAUCGAGGAGACGGACCGCUUUGUGGUCUUCACAGAGGAGGAUUCCGGGGUGAGCGAGCAGCUGUGUGGGAUUGCUGCCUGCCAGACGGACGACAUCUUCAACCGAAACUGCCUUAUCGAGCUGGUCAACUGCCAGGUAUUUGCCACCUGCCACGGCCCCCCUUCCUCCUUGCUGGGUGGGAAACGGGGGCUGCUGCCACCUCUCACCCAGCGGAGUGAGCAACCGGGGUUGCAGGGAUACUUUGCUUGGUUGGGCAGCUUUGGGGGGGCUGACUGUUUUGAGGGGGUUAGCCUGCAUCUUAUCAAAGGCGAUUCACUUGCAGGAACAUCGUAGGCCAUUCCCCAGGUCAGUGGGGCUCAUUUGACAACAGCAAGGUGCCUAGUCCUUAGUGUCAAUGGCACAGCCCUGUGGAACUCCCUGCCACUGGAGGUUCAGCAGGUGCUUUCUGUUCCUACUUUUAAAUGCCUGCUGAAAACUUUCCUAUUCGGCCCAGCCCAUGCAGGCAAUUAAGAAUGGACCAUUCCACAAUAGUGAAAUGGUGUCUGUUUUAAGCUUCUCUUAUAUGGAUUUUGCUGUAUGGUUUUAUGUACUAUUCAUAGAGUCGGAAGGCUCAUCUAGUCCAACCUCCUGCAAUGCAGGGAUCAUACUUACAGAAUCCCUCAUAGAUGGCCUGUGUUUUAAAAACCUCCCGUGAAGGUGCAUCUGCCACCUUCAACUGCUGGUGGCUGAGACGGCAGCCUUGGAUUGUAUAUUUGAUGUCACUCCAGUCUUUUAGUGACUUUAUUUAUUCAUCAUAACAAUAACAAUAAUAAUAAUAAUUUAUUACUUAUAUCCGGCUGCGUCUCCUCAGCCACUCUGGGCGGCUUCCACCGAAGAUUAAAAAUACAUUAAAACACCAGUCAUUAAAAAACUUUAGGUGUCUUCUAAACAUCAGAUAGUUGUUUUUUCCUUUGACAUCUGAUGGGAGAGCGUUACAUUCAUGUGUCACCUUUUCCUCCAAGGAGCUCAAGGUGGCCUCCCUGGUUCUUCACUCCCCAUUUUAUCCCCACAACGACCCUGCCAGGUAGGCUGGGUUGAGAAUGACCAUGAGUAGCCCACCAAGGUCACCCAGUGAGUGUCAUGGACCAAGCGGGGAUUUGAACCCUAGUCUCUCCCAGGUCCUGUUCCUCAUUUAAUCCCCACAACGACCCCUGUGAAGUUAAGCUGAGAGGUUGUCACUGGCCCAGGGUGAGAGCUUCACGGCUGAGUGGGGAUUUGAACCCUGGUCCCUAGCCCGGCAUUCUAACCACUGCACCACCCUGUCUCUUUGGAGUGAAACAUUGCCUGUUGCCAACUCCUGCUCCUCCCUCCCCACCCCCACCCCAGAUGGUCCUCCGCGGGGCAGAGACGGAGGGCUGUGUGAUUGUCUCGGCCGCCAAAGCUCAGCUGCUCCAGUGCCAGCACCACCCAGCCUGGUAUGGGGACACCCUCAAGCAGAAGACCUCCUGGACCUGCCUGCUGGACGGGAUGCAGUACUUCGCCACCACCGAGAGCAGCCCCUCCGAGCACGAAGACGUGCAGCUCUGGCUAGAGGUGGGUGCUGUGUAGCCUUCCCAAAGCAAGGAAGGAUUGGACUCUGAUUAAUAGAAUACACACGAGGCUUGACCAGCAAGACUCUGGGAGGGGUGCCAAUAAUAAUGAGAAUCCUCCCUCUCCACCCCUCGGCCCUGGUCAUUUUAUUCACAAAAGAACUUUUUACACAGUGUUCGUAAGAACCAAUCAGAUUUCCCCUGAGCAUUUCAAAAAAACCCAUGUGGGGACAACGUUCGAUCAGAAUAAAUUCUUUUAACUACAAAGACUACUCUGAGCAUGCAUACAUAUCUGAGAGUAAAUAAAACAGGACUGGAGGAAUGCUUUUAGGAAACUCCGGAGGUCAUAAACAGAAGUAAACAGGAGAGGCAGGAUUUACCAUCUCCUUGUGAACUCUCUUCCUUGCCCUUAAGAUCUAUCUAAAGACUAAACUACAUCAAAGUAACCUACUAUCUUUAUGUACUGAGGAUGCCUGAUGAAGCAACUGGCCUGUGUAUAGAAUGCUUAUACGUGCCUGUCAGGCGUAGAAAAUGAACAGUAGAGAAAAUGGCCAGAGAUGCAGAGGCUUGUGGGAUUUGAUCAGAAAUUACAGUCAAUGAAUCAAACCCAGUCAACGCAAUGCUUUCAUCGCGGACACAAUGGCUUGGUGCAUAUUUUAUAAUUCCUCAUAGUAAUCCCACCUGACUCCCACACUCUGGAUAUUUGCACUCCUGCAGUGCUGCUCCCCACAACACACACCUUGCCAAAACAAGUGGUCUCAGGUGGCCGAUAGCCAGGGGCAAAAUGUGCCUGGCGCCUGGCGAAUUCUGGACGACACUGCUUUCUCCCCGGAGGCUGCCCUCCCUCCCUCUCCCUCACCCCUGCUCCCUGCCUCCCUCACCCCCAGGUCAAGAACAUUGAGGAGCACCGCCAGCGAAGCCUGGACUCCGUGCAGGAGCUGAUGGAGAGCGGGCAGGCGGUGGGCGGCAUGGUCAGCACCACCACAGGUCAGUGCGCCAAGAGAAGAGGAGGCAGGCCAGGCCGGAGAGCUGAGUGCCCACCUUCGGCGGGGAGGGUGGCAGGGGUUUGGGAAGGGCGGGCAGGUGGGGGCGAUGUUCUCUCAGCCGCCUGGGAAUCUGACCUGCGACUCUUUGGUUUCCCCCCCCCCAUACAUAUACAUUUAUCCAAUUACACAGUACAUAUACAUAACACACUACCUUAUUUUUAUAACAUAAAACGUACCUACAUUACUCUAUAUAAUACCUAUCUAUACUGUAUGUAUCAACAGACCUACCCCACACGGACACUCACCAGGUGACUUGACUUCCAGCUGUUCUUGUUACGCUACUUUAUUUUUCCAACUAGCUUAAACGCACUUCAUUAUUUCUUUAAUCUCUUCUUCUAUCUUAACUUUACUCUCCUUUCACUCUAAUCAUUUUCUGGAUUCACUCAAUAUCUGUCGGAAAUUCUACUUUCCCCACAUAAAUUUUGAUGUAUUCCUUAAAGAUAGCCCACUCCUUAUUCACUUUUUGUACCAUAUCUGACCUGCGACUCUUUGCCUCCGCCCACCCCCCCAACCAGACUGGAACCAGCCGCACGAGGUGCAGCCCACCCAGCAGGUCCAGCGCAUCAUCUCACGGUGCAGCUGCCGCAUGUACUACAUCAGCUACAGCCACGACAUCAACCCCGAGCUGGCCACCGAGAUCAAGCCGCCUGAGCCGCCGGCCCACCCUGAGAAGGAGGACCUCCUCAAGAAGCAGGAAGGUGUGUGGGGAGGAGCCAGGAGAAGCAGAGGGACUGGCAGGGGGUGGCAGGUAGUGGGUGUGCCAGGGGGCAGAGGAAGCUGCCUUAUCCUGAGCCAAGCCGUUGCUCCACUCUGCUCAGUAUUGCCAGCACUGACUGGCAGCCAAGGCUCUCCAGCCUUUCAGCCAGGAGGGACUUUCCCCAGCCCUCCCUAGAGAUCCCACCAGGGACCUUCUGCCUUUGCGUCCCAGAGCUUUAAAACAGUACGUUUCUGAGCACAAUUCAAAGUGUUGGUGCUGACCUUUAAAGCCCUAAAUGGCCUCAGUCCGGUAUAUCUGAAGGAGCAUUUCCACCCCCAUGCUGACCUUUAAAGCCCUAAAUGGCCUCAGUCCAGUAUAUCUGAAGGAGCAUUUCCACCCCCAUCGUUCUACCUAGACACUGAGGUCCAGCUCCGAGGGCCUUCUGGCGGUUCCCUCCCUGCAAGAAGCCAAGUUACAGGGCCUUCUUGGUAGUGGCGCCCUCCCUGUGGAACGCCCUCCCACUAGAUGUCAAAGAGAAAAAUAGAACUUUUUGAAGACAUCUGAAUUAGGGAAGCUUUUAAUGUUUGACGAACUACUGUAUUUUAAUAUUUUGUUGGAAGCCGCCCAGAGUGGCUGGGGAAGCCCAGCCAGAUGGGCAGGGUAUAAAUAUUAUUAUUAUUAUUAUUAUUAUUAUUAUUAUUAUUAUACAAAGCAAGGCUCCAGUCCUCAUGGUUCUGAAUGAAGGACUUUGGGGGCAUCUUUCUGCCCUCUUCUUUUACCCCCCACCCACCCUCCAGGGGCCGCGGACACCUUCACUCUCAUCCACCACGACCUGGAGAUUUCCACCAAUCCAGCACAGUACGCCAUGAUCCUCGACAUUGUCAACAACCUUCUGCUCCACGUGGAGCCCAAGCGCAAGGUGGGAUGACAUAUUGGGGACUAGCUAUUUGUUGUUGUUAACCUCAGAAAUCCUAGCAGGCUGGAGUAUGUAAUGGUUACAUUACCUGCGUUUCUGCAGUGCUAAAGUGUGGUUUGUCUGUAAGAACGUAAGAAAAGGCUGCUGGAUCAGGCCAUGGGGGCCCCAUCUAGGCCAGCCUCCUGUCCUCCCAGAGCCCAGAUACCCCUAGGAAUCUAGGUAGACUGCCUCUGGAGCGGGAGGUUCCAAAAAUCCAGCCUCCUCCUCUCACAGAGGCUGAUCAGAUGCCCCCAAGGGAAACUCACAAGCAGGAUUCGAGCACAAGAGCCAUUUCCCAUCCUGGGGUUUCCAGCAAAUGUAUUCAGAAGUGCAACUGCCUCUGACAGUGGAGGCAGAGGAUAGCCAUGGCAGCUAGUAGCCACUGAUAGCUGCUUCCUCUUCCAGGAAUUUGUCUACUCUUUUAAGGCCUUCCAAUCUGGUGGCCAUCACUGCCUCCUGUGGCAGAGAGUUCCAAAGUUCAUGCACUGUGUGAACAAGUAUUUCCUUUUAUCUGUCCGGAAUCGUCCAGCAUCCAUCUCCAUUCGAUGCCCAUAGUUUGCACUUACCACUGAACCACAGUUUGUUCUAACCAUGCUUUGUUCGAUUACCUUGCAUGCCACCCCACAGCCAAGCAAACAAACCAUGGUUUGUUAUCCCCCCCCCCAAAUAAAACCCUGGCUUGUUUUGCAUCUCAGGUGGGGUAGCUGAACAAACCACAGCUAACCUAAGCUAAGCCUUUGGGUUCAGCAAGCUGUAGUCUUGUAAGCCAAGGACAAGAAACCAUAGUUUUCCUGGGUCUCAGGCAAAGCAGGGUCCCUCUCAUCAUCCACCCACCCCGCUGGAUCGAGACCCCUGUACUUUCCAUGUUGUCCCUGCCCAGGUCUUGAGGUUAUGACUCGAGACCUCCCCCCUCCACGUUUCCAUUUUCGCAGGAGCACAGCGAGAAAAAGCAGCGCGUCCGCUUCCAGCUGGAGAUCUCCAGCAACCCCGAGGAGCAGCGCAGCAGCAUCCUGCACCUGCAGGAGGCCGUCCGCCAGCAUGUGGCCCAGAUCCGCCACCUGGAGAAGCAGAUGUACUCGGUCAUGAAGGUGACUCUCGCUCCCCUCAACCCUCCAUAUGCCAGGCCGACCUGCCCUGCGUGCCUCUCCAAGGCGGGAUGGGCAGGCAGUGGGGGCAGCAGGUUGGCGGGGGCCCCAAGAUCCCACGUCCCCAUGCGCACCGUGACGGCUUGCUUGCUUCCUUCCUUCCUUCCUCCAGUCGCUGCAGGACGACGGCCGGAACGAGUCUCUCCUGGACCACAACCAGAAGCUGCAGGAGCAGCUGAGCCGGGAGAAAGCGGAACUGCAGCAGGAAAGCGAAGAGCUAAAUAUCCUCAUCAGGUAGGAGGGGCAAGCUCCCGCUGGAGGCGCCCAGUCGCAGCGGUUAUCCUGAGCAGGUAGACUGCCUCUAAACCUGGGAGCCCCAUGUUGUUGUUGUUUUUAGAAAAAAACAAAUACUUAUUGGCUUUUAUUUUAUUUAUUUCUUCAUUUAUUAAAUUUGUAUAUCGCCCUAUACCCCUGGAUCUCAGGGCAGUACAGAACAUAAAAUUUUUAAACAAAUACCAAUGGAAGAACCAUUAAACACUUACCUAGCAGUUCAUCGAAUGGUGUCUGUUCUUUCCAUGGACUUCAGACAUAAUCCUACACAUCCAACGUUCAAACAUAACUUAACGCAACCUCUCCCCUGAGAAGACUGAGCGCUUGGCAUAAGGAAGUCUUGACUUUGGGCAUUAACAUAGUUAAAGAAAGGGAAGAUGGAGGCGCUACUUGCACAGCUGCGGUUCCACCUCUCACAAUGUCCCUGGCCGCAGGCUGUGGGCUCUCCUUGCCCCCCAAGUCUCUCCCUGUGCCCCUAUUCCUCCCCCCAUCUCCUCACCUUGCCCCCCUCCCUCCAGGUGCUUCAAGGACUUCCAGCUGCAGCGGGCCAACAAGAUGGAGCUGCGGAAGCAGCCGGAGGACGUGGGGGUGGCCCGCCGGACAGAGUUCUACUUUGCCCAGGCCCGGUGGCGCCUGACCGAGGAGGACGGGCAGCUGGGCAUUGCUGAGCUGGAGCUGCAGCGCUUCCUGUACAGCAAGGUGGGGUGGAAGAGUGGGGAGGGGACCCCCAGGGGUCAUCUUUGCAGCUAUGACACCAGGAGAAUGAGAAAUGUUUUAUUAAUGAAUUAAACUGAGCUUGUAGUGUCUGUUUAACUUCUGCCCUGAAAGCCACACUGCUUUGUCGGCUGGCAGCUUCGUUGGAAGGCAGCCCUGUUUAGGGACGCUUUUAAUGUUUAAUAGACUAUUGUAUUUUAAUAUUCUGUUGGAAGCCGCCCAGAGUGGCUGGGAAAACCCAGCCAGAUGGCCGGGGUAUAAAUAAUGAAUUAUUGUUAUUAUUAUUAUCUAUCCAACGCCCUGCAAUGUAGGAAUCCAAGGAGGAGAGUGGGGGUCACAGCAGAUGCUGCCAUGGUCAGGGUUCACCGUGCUGCCUCCUCUCUCUCUCUCUCUCUCUCCCUCUCUCAGGUGAAUAAGUCGGACGACACGGCCGAACACCUCCUGGAGCUGGGAUGGGUCACCAUGAACAACCUCCUCCCCAACGCCGUCUACAAGGUCAGUGGCAGAGCCAGCACCCCCCCCCCCCCGCCCCUUGGACUCCCCACUGCCCAACCUGGAAGGUGGAGAGGCUUGGGGCCAUUGCGUGGGCUCUGCCAAUGAAUGCUCUGGGCAUACACAGAGUGUUUUCCCCACUGCUCCUGAGCCUGCCAAGCCCUAUGACAAAGCCUCUUCUUUUGAGUGGGUGGGGUGUAACAUUUGUGACCACAGCCACCUUGCCCUGUCUGCUCCUGCCUGCAGGUGGUCCUCCGCCCUCAGAGCACCUGCCAGUCCGGCCGCCAGCUGGCCCUGCGGAUUUUCAGCAAAGUCCGGCCACCAGUGGGUGGCAUCUCUAUCAAAGAGCAUUUCGAGGUGAGAUGGCGCAUGGGAGAGAGAGGUGAUGGGAUGCAUGUGGCAGGAGCUGGAGUCGGUUAACUUCACCGGUGUCAUUGAAGUUAACUCUUUAGUCAAAGAAACCAGUGCAGGUCUAGCGAUCAUAGAAUUGCAGAGUUGGAAGGGACCCUGAGGGUCAUCCAGUCCAACCCCCUGCCAUUCAGGAAUUUCAGCUAAAGUAUCCAGGACAGAUGGUCAGUCAACCUCUGCUUAAAAAUCUCCAGGGAUCACUUCCCUGUAGGUCUUGCCCCAAGGACUGAAGGUCCCUGCCUUCCACUGAUCUUUACAUCUCCUUUCCCAGUUCCUUCCCCAGCAGCCUAAGGCUCUGCUGUCUUGUCUCUCUUUGCUCCUCCCUUUUCAUCCCUCUUCUGGUUCUGGGAGACCAGAGGGGAAGGGAGCUGGUUGCAGCAAGAGGGCUUCCUCCCCUGCCUGCCUCUUGUCUCCUGGCCCCCUUCCUCUCCAGCCUCUGAUUCUGCACUGCUCUCUGCUCCAGCCUCUUCCUGCUCACCAAACCCUGUCACCUCUUCAGCUUCUCACACCUCCUUCUCCCAGUCUGCCCCCUCUUCUCCCUCUGACCACUCAUCGUUGUCCCACCCCAGAUCUCCUGGCCUUCUUCCCCUGCUGGUUCCUCUGUGUCCAGGCAGUCUAUGGAAUCAUGUGAGGGAGAAUGGGGUGGGAGGGAGAGGGUGGCAAGGCUCCACAUGUCAGGGAUCCUGACCGCCCCUCCCGCCCCGGCCAGGUGAACGUGGUGCCCCUCACCAUCCAGCUGACGCACCAGUUUUUCCACCGCAUGAUGGGCUUCUUCUUCCCGGGACGCAACGUGGAGGAGGAGGAGGUGGGCGACGAAGAGGACAAGUCCAAGCUGGUGACGACAGGUGAGCUCCUCCUGCCCUCCCAUCAGUGCGCUUUUUUUAAAAUAAUAUUUUUUAUUAAUUUUAACAUAAAUUAUAAAAUGUACCACAAAACUUAUCACUUAUACAAUCUUUUUAGACUUCCAUCAGCCCUUCUGAUGAUCCACCGUUUUAACCACUUCUUAUGCAUUUCUUAACUUCAUAUUGCCUUUACAUCUCUUAACAAAUCAUCCUCCCCCUUGUCCAUUUUUACAAUACUUCUAAUAAUGCUCCUCACAAAACUUCUUGCAACCCUACAAACGUCAUCUGUUCUUCACAAAUACUUUUCAAAUAGUCCCUAAAUUUACUCCAGUCUUCCGUGAAUUUCUGGUCUCGCCGGUUUUGAAUCCUUCCUGUUAGUUUAUCUAAUUCUGCAUAGUCCAUUAACUUCAUCUUCCAUUCUUCAAUCGUUGGUAACUCUUCUUGCUUCCAUUUUUGGGCCAAUAAUAUUCUUGCUGCUGUUACCCAUCUGGUUUCACCCCAUCAGUGCGCUUUUGCCAUGACCUGGCACUUGCCCAAACACUGAGCCGGGCAGAAAUAAAUUUGUGACCAGCUCCUGUCCCCACAGAGGAGACUGCCUGCCGCACCCCUGAGCGAUUCCCUGUUCUCCCUCUACUCCGCCUUCACUGGGGAGGGACGGGGCUUUAUGUGUGGGUGUGCUGUGGGGAGCGGGGAGCUGCUGGGAGCAGAACCCCACCCCUGCACCUCUUUCUGCCCUAUGCAGGCAUGCCAGUGGUGAAGCCCCGACAGCUCAUGGUCUCCGAAGAUUCCCUGGGGACGGGGAAGGGCAUGGCUCAGGGCCUCAACCGGACGUCAGGGGUCAGGCGCUCCUUCCGCAAAACGCCAGAGGUAACUUGCCCCUCUUGUGGGGUGUGGGGUGUGGGGUGUGAGAGCACGUGGGCGCAGGGGGCGUUGGUGUUCCCCAAUGUGCUGGUUGCAACCUGACAGCCAUGCACAGUGAAUUUUAUUAUUAAAAAUAAUAAUAAUCGUUGGGCUGGGUGUGGAGGAGGGUCAUUAUGUUAUGUUACGUAUAUGCAUAUGCCGCCCACCUGGCUGGCAGAUGGGGCCCCUUGGUGCUUUCUCCCAACACAGGCUCCUUCCUCCCUCCCUAUAGCGGAAUGGACUCCUUUGGAAGGUAGACUGCUCUCCCCAGGGAGGCUCACUUUGCACCUUCAUUACACACCUUUAGGCACCAGGCGAAAAUGUUCCUCUUCAGCCAGGCCGAUUUGGCUGAUUACAUCCAAUACCCUUUUAAACGUGUUGUGGGGAAGGUAUUGUUUUGUGUGGUUUUUUCUUGGUUUUAUUAUGUAUUCUGUGAUUUAUUCUCUUAUUUUUAUGAGAUCUAUGGAUGAAGGGCAGUAUACAAGUUUAAUAAAUUAAAAAAUAAAGGUGUGGACUCUCUUUCCUUGGCGGUUUUUAAGCAGAAGUUGGGUGGCCGCCUGCCUGGGAGUCUUUAUCUGUGAUUCCAACCCUUCAGUUCCAUGAUUCUGUGGUUCUAGUACCCAGUAGACGACAUCGACAAGAUGAAGGAAAGGGCAGCGAUGAAUAACUCGUUCAUCUACAUCAAGAUCCCACAAGUGCCGCUCUGCGUGAGCUACAAGGUCAGCCAGUCGUCCUGGGUUUGGGGUUUUGGCGCAGACCAUGAAUGCAGCAUGGCUUUUCCUUACCGUCGUGGUCACUAUCACAUCAUGUGGCAGAGAGUUCCAUAAGUUAGCCAUGAGCUGUGCGAAGAACUCCCUUCUCUCUGUCCCCAAAUGGGAUGCUGUGGCAUCCUGGGCGAUGCCCACACAACCUCUUGGAUCCGGCUUGCGUCUGCUGCCGCCUUAACCCCAUCCAGAACCUUCAGAUAUGUGGGCGCUCCCGUUUCCUGGGGCUCGGGUGCGGGGAGCAUGGCGGGGAGGAGGAGAAGGGUGUCCCUAUUCCCCUGACCUGCAACUUCUCCACCCUCUUCCCCAGGGGGAGAAGAACAGUGUGGACUGGGGCGAACUCAACCUGGUGCUGCCCUGCCUGGAAUACCACAACAACACCUGGACGUGGCUGGACUUUGCCAUGGCGGUGAAGCGGGACAGCCGCAAGGCCUUGGUGGCGCAGGUAGAGUGGGUGCUGGCGGAGGGUGUGGGGAAGGGGCACGGGAUGGGCCAAAGACUGCAAGGGGGGCAGUUUCUGGUUCACCCUCUGCCUGCCAGGCCUCUGCUCGAAAGAUUGCCAGGGCUUAGGAAGGAGCCUUACAACAGGGUCCUCUGAGGGUGGCAUACAGCCGUCGCAGCUAGUAGCCUUCGGUGGCCUUCUAGGAACGGAGGACUCGGCCGUCUGCAGAGUCCCUCUAGCCACCAGUAUUGCCUACCCUGUCCAGCAGUAGCUCUCUUAGGGUUUAUAAGAGCAUAAGAACAGCCUGGUUGCUGGAUCAGGCUGAUCUAAUCCAGCAUCAUGUCCUCACAGUGGCCAAACACCCCACAGAACCUAGGACUCCAGAUAGACUGUCUCUGGAGGUGGAGGCUACAUAAAAGCACCCGAAGAGCCCUUCAGCUAUAUUUUAUCAGCAGUCUCAAAGUGUCAGCAGGUGGGCUGGACAACCCACCUGCCACACCCCCUGACACCAUUAUGCCAGGCGAUUGGCAGGCGCACCAUCCAACCCGCCUAGAAUCGUCGGAUUGUAGAGUUGGAAGGAACCCCAAGAGUCAUGUAGCCUGACCUCCUGCAGUGCAGGAAGCGCAGCUAAAGGAUCACGGGAUUGUAGGACGGGGAGGGACCCCAAGGGUCAUUUAGUCCAACCCAAUGCAAUAAUCGGGAAUCAAACUUGGCCAGCCGGCAGCAGCAUGGGGGACAGACCCGAAAGUUCACCCCACACCCUCUUUUAAGGAGCAGAGCAGACAAGCGCCCCCUUUCCCUCUCGUGCCCUUUUUUUGCAGGUCAUCAAGGAGAAGCUCCGGCUCAAGCCGGCCACGGGCGGCAACGAUUCCCGGGGCAAGCAGGAGGGCAAGCUGGAGGGCCACGUUCAGCAGCAGGAGGAGGACGAGAAGGCCCGGCUCCUCAUUGGCCUGAGCGUCGGAGAAAAGGUCCCCGGGAAGAAGUCCAUUUUCAGCAGGCGCAAGUGAGGCCUCUGCUCCGCUGCCCCGCUGGCCGGGGAGAAGAGAGGAGGUGGCAGGGAGGACGUCUCCGCCACCAGGGACCAAAUUUCCUGCGGCACAUGGGAUGUGCAGGCGCCCAGAGAGUCCGUACACAGCCAGGGACCCAGCCCCGCCGGAUGCCUUGUGGCCGGAGUGUCACCCCGCGGGAGCUGGGGGCCUGGCGCCACGGGACUAUGACCAGGGCUGUCUGCGCUGGCCUUGGCGUGGUUGCUGGGUGGGGGGGCGCCCUGCUGUCCGCCUGCUGCUCUAUGCAUUGUUUGUUGGGAAACGGGAGGGGAACAGAGUUUAAAUAAGAGAGUUUAUCAUUUGGA